GCCAAACUUCAAAAUCAGUGAAACAUACUCUCAUAAUAAUACGAGUCACAAACAAUAUCAACAACAAAGUAACAAGUUUUUUCGGGUGAGAGAGUAAAAUGGAGGGAGCCAAGCAAGUUGUAUUCCUUCCUUUAGUAGCUCUCCUUGCCCUUGUGAUAGCUCCGAUGAUCGUCGACGGGGCGGUGCCCCGGUACACCUAUACUCGCCAAUACUACAAGAAGACUAACACUUGUGCUAAUGCUGAGGCAUUUGUGAAGCACCAAGUUAAGAAGUUUUGGGAACAGGAUCAUAGUGUUACACCUAAACUUCUUCGAUUACUCUAUUCAGAUUGUAUGGUCACGGGUUGUGAUGCGUCGAUUCUCUUGGAUGGAGCAGACUCUGAGAGAAUGGCAAAACAAAAUAUUGGACUUGGAGCAUUUAUAGUCAUUGACAAGAUUAAGAUAGUGCUUGAUUCUUAUUGUCCAGGAGUCGUGUCUUGCGCUGAUAUCCUUCAACUUGCUACUAGAGAUGCUGUGAGCUUGGCUGGUGGUCCAUCCUACCCUGUUCUUACAGGAAGAAGAGAUGGGUUGUCUUCAAAAGCUUCAUCUGUGGACCUUCCUUCACCUUAUAUUUCAUUGAACGAAGGACUUGAAUAUUUCGAGGCAAGAGGCCUUAAUAUUCAGGAUUAUACAGUACUCUUAGGAGCUCAUUCAAUGGGGAGAGCAAGAUGUCGUUACAUUCGCGAUCGUCUAUACAACUUCAAGGGCACCGGAAAGGCAGAUCCAACCCUAGACACUUCAAAACUAGAGGAGUUAAGGAAGCAAUGUCCACAAACGUACAAGAGCGGUGAACAUGAAAAACUAGUGUACUUGAACAAUGACUCAAACAAGUUUUCAAGUUCUUACUACAACGACGUCUUAGCAAACAAAGCUGUCCUUAAAAUUGAUCAAGAUCUCUUGUAUGGAAAUGAGACCCAACAACUUAGUGAGCAAUUUUCUUUCCCUGAUGAAGGAUUGCAAGACUACAAGAAAGCUUUCGCGCUAUCCAUGUAUCGAUUAAGUAAUUACAAUGUCUUAACUGGACAACAAGGAGAGAUCAGGAGGAAUUGUCACUUUACUAAUAGUCAUUAUGCCUAAUUGAAAUCAUUAGGGUUUGUGUUAAAUUUGCAUUUCAUUUGUUAUUAUUAUUAUUAUUAUAACUAUUAUUACUACCUUUGAGAGCUAUUGAAUAAAUAAAUGGUGAUAAAUUGUAUAAUAAAUUAUGGAAUAUAUAAUAAGCUCAUUUUUGUCAAA